UUAGAUUCCUUUCUUUUUCCUGUUCAGCAGCGUAGUCAUGCGGUACGAGUGAUUGGCAUGUUUUAUUGUGCCGGAUUCACGGAUUUAGUGUACAACAGGUGGAUCUGGAAUACUCCAGUACUCCUCCUCCUACCUCGUUUAAUCGUCUUGGAAUGCCACUGGACACGACAUGAUUUAAGAGCGGACAGGCAGAGGUGAGAGAGAGAAGACUGGGGGGAAAGUGGAGACGGACAGGGAGAGAAGACAAUACGCUACGCAAAGUGAAAGUAUGACCAAACAACAGCAAGUUGUUGGGUUGUUGUGGAUGGAUAGAAGGGAUAACAAAAGUGACAACAUUUCCUGCCCAUGCUGGUUUUGGUUUGAAUUUGGUUUGAUUUAACACAGUAACAACAUUGGGCCUCAUUCACGAAACGUUCUUACGCACAAAUGUGUUCUUAAAGCCUUCUUACGAAGAUUUUCGGCAUUUACGAAACGUGUUCUUAACUCCCAGUUCUUAGAUCUAAGAACAAAUUCUACGAACGCUCAGGAGGACUCUUACGCACAAGCAAAGCUUGCACUUUCAAUGCGCAAUCGCCCUCAUGAUGGAUUUUGCAACCUGAUCCCAAAAAAUGUAGUGCAAAUAAAAUAUCCCAACAAUGAUUUAUCAUCAAAACAACUAAAAUAUACUCCAUGGAUAAAUAUAUAUUCAAAUCCCAAUUCAUCAAAAAGAAAGUAGCUGGCUGGACGUGCGCUGCACAGAGAGAGAAUGUAAAGGGACCAUUAGAUUUAUUUGCUGAAAGCCACCAAUAUUUGAUGUCCCGCUUCAGGCUUCAGGCUUCCCUCUCUGUUCUUGCAGGUGUGCAGGAUCAUCAGAAUAACAUCGCAAUGAAACGUGGUGUGUCUAUUGCGCACGUAGCACCCCCAGAUAACGACACGCGCCCCCAGCCGCGUCUUGAGCCAGAGCACGGGGCUGCUGUAUUAAUUAGGCAGCGUCUAAUCAAAUGUAACCACAGAAAAAAUACAUUGUCACACACAAACUAUGUAUUUUGACUUUAUUUUUCCAUCAUGAUUGUGUAAAUAUUUUCUAGAGUUUCCGAAAUGGUUUGGUUUCUGAUUGAUGGCCCACCUCCCGUUUCCUCCAGAUCCCUCCGGUGCAGUCCAAUCUUUUUUUUUAGUCUAUUUUAAGUCAAACCACUUCUUUUUAACCUCUGCGGUGGUGCGUUUCUCCGUGGAAACGGCAUUUAUGUUUCCUGCAAUGGUGCUCCAUGCCGACUCUUUUUGGAUGGCCUGAUGACCGGUGGAUACACGUGAAAAUAAGGUGGUCUUGUGUUCGCUCACUCCUUGUAAAAGCACCUCUAUUUCAGUACAAUUUAACUUUUUCUUUCGUUUGUUGUCCAGCUGCUCCUCAGUCUUGCCCUUGCGCGUUGCCAUCUCCGCCUCCAGCUGCCCGUUGCGCACGGCACAUUUUUGACCUUAUAUAGGAAAUAAUAGGCGGUGACCUAUGCAAAUUAGGCCUUACAUGCACGUGCAUCGCAGUUGGCAUUCAUCAACCUAAGAACACCGGUGCCAACGAUUAUCCCUACUUAAGAACGUGUCGUGAAUGUGGCGCAGUUUCCAACCCGCGCCUUCUUAAGUACACUUCUUAAGAAGACUUUUAAGAAGAUGUUCGUGAAUGAGGCCCAAUAAGAGGGAGCAGGGAGACACGACCAGAUCCUUCCAAGGGUAUUCCUAGAGGCACGCUGAAGAGACAGUACUCAGCUUUGUUGUUUUUGAAAGUGGUGUCCAACUGAUAUGAGCGUGUUGUCCUUGUCUGACGUACUUGCUUUAUCGGUUCGCGUCGUCAGAGCAAACAUGCGUGGAUGUGUGUGUGCUGGUGGAGGCGGUGAAGCAAGCGUCUCAAGGCCACUGCUCUGCCAGCUGCCAACAUACUCAUAGAAACAACCCGUCUGCAGGAUAACGAGAAGAGGCAGGUUUGGUUUACAAAAGAUCUUUUCGGGAAAUGUGUUGAUUGACCUGAUGGAGGUUCCCUGCUCUGCUGAGGAAAUCCCUUUGGAGAUGAUCACGAUGACGAUGGUGGAAUGUUGUGUCUCAGAGCCAUCCGAGGUGUGUUUUAAAGACGGGCCUGUAAUGACGGGGUGAGCGGGAUGUUAAGCACACUUGAGAGGCGACAUCUUGCGUCCUGAUGAAUGGUGCGGGACGCUCUAAAUCACCGUGCGGGUGGGCUCAAUUGGACUGAGGAUCUUAGAUAACACGGCCUUGUCUUUUACUGGCAGCACGAGCACCCGUGGACAUUAAAUCAUGAGAAACCGUACAAGAUAAUAACAAUGGAGCUUCCGCCUGAGGUGCAGUUGGAGGGACAUCCGUCUACACUCACAGCAUCGAACAAAUUGGCCUUUUCGACGCGAGGAGCGUCCGCAGAAAGUGCUGCAAACAGCUCACGGGACCUCACGGAGGACCAUCUUCUUGAGGAUCGAUGCUGCUCAGAGUUGGAUCGUCGAGACAACAGACUACAGGACGGUUCUGUUUGUGUCGGUCUUGAGAACCAGGGACUAGUAGAGGAAGUGUCGUCUCAGGAGCUUGGACAAAGAGAUGCGUCGAUAUGGAUUUCACCGCAGGACCACUGUGGUCUAAGUCCUGUCCAGGAUCCAUGCUCCCCGCAGUUGGAACAAAGUCAGAACGAACCGAAGAACAGUUCUGUUUGUGUUAGCCUUAAUAACACAACAGAAUAUAUUGAGGAAGUUGAUGAAAAUCUGAAUUAUCUGAGCUCUCAUGAAGAACACUGUGGUCAUCUUCCUGUCCCGGACCACAGAGGGGAUAAUCUUCUUCCUGAGGAUCGACGCUGCUCAGAUGUUCAACUGAGUCCUGAUGUACUAAAGGGUGGUUCUAAGUCCUUAGAGCUCUGUGAUGUCCUUGGAGGAACCCACGAUAAAGACAUGAAUUUUCUGAGCUCAUCUCAGGACCGUUGUGGUCAUCUUCCAGUCCAAGAUCUAGGAUGCAAUGACCAUCUAGACGCUCCAGGCUGCUUGCAGUGGGAACUGGUACCUGAUGGACUAAUGGAUGGUUGUGUUGAUGUUGAUCUUGAUAAAGAGGAACUGGUAGAGGAGGUGCGCUUACAGGAGCAAGGACGCAUUCUUGGAGAUGCAGCUGAACACCUGAGAUCACAUCAGGACGAACGUGGUUCCCUUCCAGUCCAAGACCGACAAUGCGAUGAUCCUCUCAAGGCUCAAGGCUGCUCACCACUAGCACCGGUUCCUGACGGACGAAAGGGCACUUCUGUUUUAGAUGAUCUGUGCUUACAGGAACAAGAACAAGGUGCUGAAAUUCUUGGAGAUGCAACCGAAGACCUCAACGGAAUUGUGGUCUUCAAGCAAUUAGAGACCAUCUCAAAUGGCUAUGUCAAUCAGACUUCUGAGGAACCUGUCCUCACCGACCCUAACUCAACUCCAGACCUGCCCCGCAUCAUCAAACACAAACAGAGCUCCAUCACCUUCUCGGACUACGCAGAGCACUGCACUUGCAUCAACGGCAGGUCUGAUGAAGAGUCUUCACAGGAAGAGGAAGAUGACGAUCAGGGAGACUGCGACAACGACGAGGAUGAUGACGUGUUCCUGGAGCUGCCGCCCAGUAGGGAGCUCCAGACCAAUCACAGAAAGAGGAAGGACGGCGCCCAUGGCGUACCAGGAAGUGACCGAUGUGGUUAUGAAGCAGAGGCGGAAAACAGCAGCAAGGAGCUGAAGUCUCCCUGGUGUGAGUCCAUGAGCCAACUGAUGAGGAAACUGGACCAGCUCAAUUUGGACAUCGAGGAGGCUCUGAGUGCGGGCUCCUCGCCCUCGGACACACCUUGCACCGCCCGCAAGAAACCGCGCUCCACUUUGGACCGAAACCUGAAUGAGCGAGCUCCGAGAAGGGAAUGGCCGAGCCAAAGCAGGUCUUGUCUUCCUCGCGGCGCCUCUGUGGGAACGAGGACGAGAAGCAAGAAGGCGGGUUUGAACAAGAUGACCGGUGAAGCAGGAGCAGAGGUUGAAGCGAAGGAGGCGUGCGACUGGCUGCGAGCUGCUGGAUUUCCCCAGUAUGCUCAGCUCUUUGAAGAUUCCCAGUUCCCCAUCGACAUCACCCCUGUCAAAAGAGACCAUGACUUUCUGGACAAAGAUCUUGUCGAGCCUCUUUGCAGGCGACUCAACACUUUAAAUAAAUGUGCCUCUUUGAAACUUGAUGUGAGCAUCCCAAAGAAGAAAAGCGAAGACUCUGAUGAGGAAGACCUCUUUGCCAUCAGUGACAAAUGGACCUUUGAAUGGAGCAGCCGGCGCUGGUCCAGGCUGCAAGACAUUGACUGUCUUCUGGGUCACCAAGGGCGGGAUCUGUCAGCUGGGCAUAGUGUGCCUCUUAGAACCACAACCAGUAGUGAAAGUGUGCUAACCGACCUCAGCGAGCCAGAAGUAUCCUCUGUGCAUAGCGAGAGCAGCGGGGGCAGUGGGCCUCGAGGACUCAGCACGGAGGACUCUGACUGCUCCAACCGCACCUGCUCAGAUUCUGUAGCCAUGCCAGACUCUACUUUGCUGACAAUGUCUCACAUCAACAAAGAGAUUGGUCAUUACGGCUCCCUGCCUAAUAAGCAUGGCAAGACAGGUCGCACCCGUGCCAAAGACUUCCUGAAACGCAUGGAGACGUUACGCUCGAGGGGAUCGCUUGCAAGAGGUCGUAAGACAUUGGUCAUCAGUUCUCCAGUGCUGCAGCAGGAAGCCCACGCUCUAAAGAGUCUGCCGUGUGUUGAGAUUAUAAACGGAGACGGUGGAGCACCAGAACCACCGUCCCAUAAGGUUCCGUCCCAGUCUAGCAGUGAAGGUAGCAGCCAUUCCAGUGGAAGCGCUGGCAGCACACCAAGCCUUAAAGAGCGUAAGCCAUACCGAGCUGACCACAAGCGUAGCGGCAUGUAUCUAGAAGACGUAGACAUCUUCUCAGGCAACCAAAUGAACAAAGUUGCAGAACAAAAUCGCAAAAAUGAAUUUUGCUCCUACGAGGACCUGGUGGUUCACAUCCCUAAUGACCACAAACCAGGAACCUUCCCCAAAGCACUGUCCAUAGAAAGCCUAUCACCGACCAGCGGGGCCUCGAUAAACUGGCACACUGGCAGCAUGCACCUGGACUCUGGACUGAUAACAUGCAGGCAGGAAGCCAGGCCUGUCACACAGUGCUGUUCUAGAGGAAGCCGCAUCAGUGUGUAUGACAAUGUUCCUGGCUCCCAUUUGUAUGCCAGUACAGGAGAUCUAAUAGACCUGGAGAAAGAAGACCUGUUUCCUCACCUUGAUGACAUCUUGAUGCAUGUCAAUGGUCUGCAGCAGAUAGUGGACCACUGGUCUAAAAAUGUACUGCCAGGAGGGGAAGGGCUGUCAAAGGUGGAAGGAGAAAGGGAAGGUACCGUUGGUCUUCAGUCUUUAAGUCAGAUCACGUUGGACUUUGAGGGGGAUUCUGUGACGGAAAGUCAGACUACGCCAAGCGCUGGAGAUGGAGUAUCUCUUUCAGACAUUGAAGCAACAAGGCUCAUCAGGGAAAGGAGAGACUCGGGAGUCGGGGCUUCGCUUACAAGACCCAACAGGUUACGAUGGCCCAGCUUUCAGAUAUCCAAUCGUCUAAGCCACUCUGUGGCUUCGCUGCAGAUAACCAACCAGUCGGCAGGCCAGCUGAGUUUGUUACAGAAGUUCUCUCUGCUCCGUCUUACGGCCAUCAUGGAAAAGUACUCCUUGUCAAACAAGCAAGGCUGGACCUGGGCAGUACCAAAGUUUAUGAAGAGAAUGAAGGUGCCAGACUACAAGGAUAAGAAUGUGUUUGGAGUGCCCCUCAUAGUGCACGUGCAACGUUCUGGACAACCGCUGCCCUUCGGCCUGCAGCAGGCCCUGCGCUACCUGAGGAGCCAGUGUCUUGACCAGGUGGGUCUGUUUCGUAAAUCAGGGGUGAAGUCUCGGAUUCAAGCUCUGAGGCAGUUGAAUGAGAGCUCCCCAGACAAUGUGAACUAUGACGACCAGUCCGCUUAUGACGUGGCAGACAUGGUAAAGCAGUUCUUCAGGGAUUUACCUGAGCCGCUGCUCACCAGCAAGCUGGGGGAGACUUUCCUCCAUAUCUACCAAUAUGUGCCGAAGGACCAAAGGCUGCAGGCUGUCCAGGCAGCCAUCAUGCUCAUGUCGGAUGAAAACCGAGAGGUGCUGCAGACGCUGCUUUGCUUUCUGAGCGACGUGACGUCCUCUGUGGAGGAAAACCAGAUGACGCCCAUGAACAUUGCCGUGUGUCUCGCGCCCUCCCUUUUCCACCUCAACAUACUCAAGAAAGACAAUCUUUCACCAAGGGCGAUGCAAAAGAAAUAUGCCAGUGGCAGACCAGACCAGAAGGACCUGAAUGAGAACUUAGCAGCAACACAAGGUCUUGCUCAUAUGAUCAUGGAGUGCAAUCGUCUUUUUGAGAUCCCUCACGAAAUGGUUACUCAGUCGCGCAAUUCAUACAUGGAAGCCGACCUGCACGCACCGACUUUCGACGAGCUCUUCAAGCAGCUUGAGGACGACGGCGGAACGUACGACAACCACAUGGAGGGCAGGCUUCAAAACCUUCUCAAAGAGGCUCGCGAAAAGUCCAAAUCCUGGGUGUCCAGCAGCAGCUCUGCUAAUACAGAGCUAUCCUAUAAAAAGGUGGGAGAUGGGAACCCGCUGAGACGCUGGAGAGUAUCCGUGGAGGUAGAAGCGCCGCCGUCCGUCGUGUUGAACCGCGUGCUGCGUGAGCGCCACCUCUGGGACGUUGACUUGCUGCAGUGGAAAGUGUGCGAGACGCUAGACAAGCAGACGGAGGUGUUUCAGUAUGUCCUCAAUCGAAUGCCACCCCACUCCAGCAGAGACUUUGUGGUUCUCAGGUCGUGGAGGACAGAUCUGGCCAAAGGUGCAUGUUCCCUGGUUUCUGUCUCAAUGGAGCACGAGGAUUGUCCUCCUGUUGGAGCGGUACGAGCUAUUGUCCUGGAGUCCAAUUACCUGCUUGAGCCCUGCGGCUCAGGAAAGUCCAGACUAACUCACAUUUGCCGAGUCGAUUUGAAGGGAAGGACUCCUGAAUGGUACAACAAAGCCUUCGGCCAUCUUUGUGCAGCGGAAGCCGCUCGGAUCCGCAACUCUUUUCAGCCGCUCGUAACAGAUGGUCCCGAGACCAAAAUCUGAAACUCUGAGCCGUUCUGGUCAUUGUGAAGACAAAGAUAGGACACUCAAAACUAAGGCACAGGUUAAUGUAUUAUGUUUAAUAUACAUAUAAUGUUGAGCUCCUCUGCAUUUGCAAAAUAACAAAUGAGGACAUCUUAUAGGUGUUAAAAUAUUUACUCCUUGGGCAAUGAAUCAUCCUGCCAAUGUUGAAUUGCAACUUUAUUUACUUUGAUAUCAGAAAAACCUCCAUAGUAUAAACGUCUGUGUGUAUAAUAAUACCUUACUCUUGUGACAUACAAUGUCUAGGACAUGUGAGCUCUUAUAUGCUUCUGGGAAGCAUGCACAUAUUAAUCAUUUCAGAUGAAAGACUAUAAUAAUGAUUAUUAUUAUUAUGAGGUACAUGCAAGUGUCCUGUGUAUGUGUACAUACUGUACAUGUGUGAAUAUACUGUACAUGCAAGGUGUAUAUUGGAUAUUUGUGAAGGGAUUAAUAGUACAGUAGUCUAUAUUGUUCAUUUCCUGUAUAUGGAUCACCUUCCUGUCAGUCUGCCUGUAAUGCAAACAUGUAAACUGGUUUUACUUCAGUAUUGCUUUUGGAAUUCAUGUAAUUUUUGUGUUCAACUUUGACCUCCUACGGUUGUGAAUGACUUAAGGUUUGGCAUGAUCAUACCUGCUAUGAGGGUACUUGACCGUGCCGGUGUUGACGAAAGACAAGACGUUUGUUUGUUUUUAAAUAAAACU